GAGCUCUUUCUUUCCCAUUAUUUGAAUGACUGCAGGUAUUGGUGUCUGCCUGUGAGAGUGAAAGAGAGAGAGAAAGAGGAGAGAGGCAUCUCAUCUCCCCCCUCAGGCUUUCCCUGUCUCCCUGUUCCCUGUCAAUCCUUCCUCCCUCCCGGACCAACCCAUCUCAAACUGGACCAAACUGAACCUCCCCGGACCCUCCACCCACAAUCCUUAGGACCCUCCUUAUGUGUUCAUUCUGCCUUAUCUGCUGAUCAGGCUAUGAACAGAAGUCUCUUUUGAUAAAACUGAAUUUUGGAAAUGGUCUCCCAAAGCUGAAAAUCUGCAGCUAAAAGACGUGCAGCGCACAAUUUAAUUGAAAAGGGGAAAGCUGUUCAAUUCGGUACAUUCUCAAACUGACUGCCGAGACUGUCCAGAGAACUGAAAGUGUUCAGGUGAAUCUCCUCUGGACAUACUGUAUAGAAUUUUUCAAAGUCUUCUAGAAGUGUGGCAGCACAAGGUCACAUGACCUGGAAGAGAAAACCCAAGAGACUUUUGGCUUCCCUUUUCGAAUGGGCCGGAUAUCAAACUGGAAAGAAGUCUAAAGGCUGAUGAACUAAUUAUCUAAACAAGGCUGUGAUAACCCUCCCUCCCUGCAAAACAUCUACAUUUAUGUUCAGAGUUAAGCAACCCGAUACUACAUUGGUGACUGGUUGGCUGCAGUAACAUCACACGCUUCCUGCCCCUGGGGGACUCCUGUCUCGUAACCACACUCCCUUACCUCAAAAUCCAACAUGGAAUCCAAAGUCUCAGAAGGCGGACUGAAUGUCACACUUACCAUCCGUCUGCUGAUGCAUGGGAAAGAAGUUGGAAGCAUUAUUGGAAAGAAAGGUGAAACUGUGAAGAAAAUGCGUGAGGAGAGUGGGGCACGCAUCAACAUCUCUGAGGGAAAUUGUCCAGAAAGAAUUGUAACCAUCACUGGCCCUACAGAUGCAAUAUUUAAGGCUUUUGCAAUGAUUGCUUACAAAUUUGAAGAGGAUAUAAUCAACUCCAUGAGUAACAGCCCUGCCACCAGUAAACCUCCAGUGACCCUGAGACUGGUAGUGCCUGCCAGUCAGUGUGGUUCGCUGAUUGGAAAAGGAGGAUCCAAAAUAAAAGAAAUCAGAGAGUCUACAGGAGCCCAGGUUCAGGUGGCAGGGGAUAUGUUGCCAAAUUCAACAGAACGUGCAGUGACAAUCUCUGGAACCCCCGAUGCCAUCAUUCAGUGUGUUAAACAGAUAUGUGUGGUCAUGCUGGAGUCCCCACCGAAAGGUGCCACCAUUCCCUACCGCCCAAAGCCCGCCUCCACCCCCGUCAUUUUUUCAGGUGGCCAGGUAAGAGCCGACCCACUGGCGGCGUCCGCAGCCAACCUCAGCCUUUUACUGCAGCACCAGCCACUGCCUGCCUACACUAUUCAGGGACAGUAUGCCAUCCCACAUCCAGAUCAGUUGACCAAGCUCCACCAGUUGGCUAUGCAGCAAACCCCCUUUACUCCCCUUGGACAGACCACCCCUGCUUUCCCUGGUCUGGAUGCCAAUCCCCCGGCCAGUACUCAUGAACUCACCAUUCCCAAUGAUCUAAUAGGCUGCAUAAUCGGGCGCCAGGGAACCAAAAUCAACGAGAUCCGGCAGAUGUCUGGAGCACAGAUCAAAAUCGCUAAUGCCAUGGAAGGCUCAACAGAGCGUCAGAUUACCAUCACAGGAACCCCUGCCAACAUUAGCCUUGCCCAGUACCUCAUCAACGCAAGGCUGACGUCUGAGGUCACUGGAAUGGGCACACUCUAAUUUCUACCCAUCAUCCUUCAAUGCAUCACAUGACCCUCUUGAGCCAAUGGCAUUGCACCUAGUUUGUUCUCUCUAUAUUCAGCUAUCCUGCUUUUAAGUGAUGACAACUUAUUUCUAUUCUAUAAUGUACACGUUUAUAUAUUCCAGAUUAAUGUUCCUCCUUCCAUACCCAAGUUGUUAACUUGAUGCUCCAGACCUGCUUUUUCCAUUGUUUUAAAGGACACUUUACUUUUUUGACACUCUAGUACUGUACAUGCCAGUAGCUGGUGCUCUGCAUAAACAUUAAUUUGCUGUAAAUGUUUGAUUUUAUUUUUAUGUGUGUCGUACGCUGUAGGCACUUGAAAACCUGACAUUAAGCAGUCUUUACAGCAUCAAAGAAUGAACAAAGAAUGAGUGAUUUACAAGUGAUAAAAUAUUGCUUAUCACUUCUAAAAACCCCUAGCAGUAACUUGAGUCACCCAGGUACCUUAUACCUGUGCAUCUCACAAAUUCAACCUCAAAAUGAUUAAUGGAAUGCAUACUUGCUUGUAUGUGUGUGCAGGAGGGAUGAGACUUAGAAGGUGUUAUCGGACCAGAAUUUGCAUUCAUUUUUUACAUUAAUCAUACAGUUUAAAGUAUGAUUCAAGUACAGUACUACACACUUUGACUCAAUUUAGUCAGUUUGUACUGUAUGUAUGUUUUUUAUUUUGGUAAACUGGAAAGCCAAUUAACUAAACACAGAAAGUGAAAAGAAAAAUACAUACAGUAACUGCAUUAUGGGGAAAUAAAGCAUUUGAAUAACACCUCUAUGUCAUUUGAAAGAAAGGUUUUACAUACAGUAUUACAAACCUUUUUAUUUGUCAAUUAAGAGAGUUACUUUCAUCAAAAGGAGCUUUCUUACAUCUAUAUAAUGUUACCUAUAUAAUGGUGUCAUUGUAACUAAUUUUAUUUAGCAAUGGGUUGAUUUAAAGUCUAUGAAAUUUUUAGCAUUUUUAAUGCUUUAGACCUUAUUUUCGUCGUCACCAAAAGCCCCUGUUAGAGCUUGUUGUAGUUUCACCACUUCCUAAUUUUAACCUAUGCUACAGCUAGUGAAAAUCGAAAACCAAUAGGGCUCUAAUACAUUUUUCCCCAAUAGUACCUUUUUCACCCCUGAAUGCUGUGUGAAUGCAAAUCUUUUGAACACACAAAGUACAUUAACAUUUUCUAAAUCCUUUGGAAAAGACAGUUAUUCCCCAAAAAAUGUAAUUAAGAUUAUUCUGGAGAUUAAGAUUUCUAUUUUCCAGAAAUGUGAGCUCUGAUUUCUACAGUUAAAGCAUUAAGUGUUGUUCAUACAGUAUAUAAACAUGAACAUUCAAUUACACAUAAACUCACACACAGCACAAAAAAACAACAGUUCUUUCCUGAGUCUCUGGAAUACUUUAGAUGUUAUCAUGUGUGAUCAGAAUUUGUUUCAUCAUCAUUUAUUUUUUAAUAAUUUGGAGUGAACCAAAUGCUUUAGGGCCACUGGAAUGUUUAAGGGUUCAGUUUAGAGCCCUGGAGGCAGUGUUGAUAUUUCCUACUAGUAGUCUUCCUGCCUCUUACACAUGAUUGUUCCACUUUUUUUUUCAUUUUUAAAAUUUAUUUUGGGUCAGCAAAUAACAAUGUCUUUUUCAAUGACUGCAUAUUUGAUGAAAGCUGUUUUUGUUUUUGGCUGUUACAUAAAUGUUUAAUUUUAUUUUAUUUUGAUUAUUCUGUUGGUGGUGUUUAUAAUAGCCCUUAUGUUAGAGAUUUUGUCUCGUGAUUCCCAGAGUCAAAUUAUUCAAAAUGCAGGUUAUAUGUUCAAGCCUUUGACAUAAAGCUCAAUUUCAUAUUAUAAUAUUUAUAAGUUGUGAUUAUUUUACAGCAAGUGACUUUGCAAAUGGUCUUGGAAAACUUGAAGUGAUCAAGCUGGGGCCUUUUAUUGCACAUAUUGCAGAAAUGGUCUUCAAGUACCAGAGAGGAUAUUGAAUGUAGCACCUUUGACAAAAUAAUUUAUGUAAAUUAAUAUCUUGUUUAACCUAAUUACAUGAAACAGCAAUUUUAAGAUUUUGCAGAUGCUACUAUAAAUGUAACUAAACCAUAACAUGCAAAGCAAGAUCAUUUUAUUUUCAGGCAGCCUCAUACAGUACCAUGCAUCAGAAGCAACAAAUACCACUGUGUAAAGAAACACUGGAAUGUCUAGUGAUUCAGACACAGACAUCUCACAUAUGUUCAAGAGUUAUCAUAUACAGUAUGCAUGUUCUGAGAAUAAGCUAUUUAUUCAGAGGUUCAACUAUUAUUCUUUACUAUUAGAACAAGUUUAGUUGUUAUUAAUAUUGUAUAUUAGGGAAAUGAAAAAUUAAGGUAUUCACUCAGCAAUCUUUAAUCUUCACAUUGGCCAGAACCAUCGAUAACCUGAUCACAAUUCACAAUAACUUCUGAAGAAAAGCAAUGUUAAUAAUAAGUACCCCUUUAAAAAGUUACAGUUCAUGAUUGAAGUAUUCAUUGUUGGAGACUCACUACACAGGAAACAGAAAAGCUAGCUUAGAUCACUAACAUUCAAAGAAAAAAUGUGAGAUGCAAUGAGUUCUAUAUGAACAGACUUUAAACAAUGAAAGGUCUGAUAUUUGUAAUAGUAUUACCAUUAGAUGCUCUUUAUCAGUAUUAAUCUGCAAUUUUUCACUUAGUGACUUAGUUUUACACUUAUAAAAUAAUACAUUGCUAUUUAUUGUCUUUUAAAACAUAAUGUAAUUUUUGUUUUUAUUAGUGUUUAAAUUUUCAUUGAAAUGAAUAAAUCUAGUUUUCAAAUGUUGUUUAGAUGAAAACACAGCUAGAAGACAUUAAUGGUCGUUUGUCAAGCAUGAUUAAGCUUUCUGAAGAGUGCUUGUGAAUUUUAUGUUGAUUAUUAGUGACUGUUUGUUUACAGAUCAUUGUGAUAUUAAGAAGGAACCAUACAGUAAUGACUGUAUAGAUUUAAUAAAAGACAACUUUUUCUAAGGCUGGCCAAUUUAAACACACAUCUAUUUUAUAAAAUUCCGAAUAGAAUAAGGGCUUUCACUGGAGUGCAACCAGUAUUGUAUUUGAAAAAAUGAAAUUCCAGAUUUUCAACCUACAGUAUUUACAGGGACACAAUAUCAUAAAUUAAAAUAUAAGCAAUACAAGUUGACUCGUGUACUGCUGGAACUAAAAAUUUGAAAAAAUGUAUGCCAUUUGAAACCUCUUACUUUAAGUGUUGUUUCUGAAUUGUCUUAUGUGAAAAUUGCUCUACUGACAUGUUUAAUAAUAUAAUAUUAAAUAUUAAUUAUAUCCCAGGAAUUCAUCCUGGUUUUGGCCAGGAUUGUUCUCUUUUUGAGCUCAGUGUCUGGGAAAUCUAUAAUACUUCCCUGAACAUUAAAUGUACAGAAUUUCUGGUCCCUCCUGAGAAGUUUAGCAUCCAUUGUUCAAUAUUGGAACAAGUAAUGGGUUUAUUCCAUGCUGAAAAGAAAGUUGUCAAGUGUGGCAUUUGAAGAAGGCCUCCCAGCCGAAAUGUUGUGUUUUCUCUCCUUUUUUCAGCAUGAAACCUAUCACUUGUUCCUUUGCAGACUACGCAUGCUGAUGCAUCUACCCACCUGAAUUGUUUAAUUUUGUUUACACAUCUUUCUCCCUCUUCCUGAACUGUGAGCUAUUCUGCUACAGAUGAAGUCUUGCAACCUCUUUUGUUAGCAUAUGCACACCUUUAUUACCAUGCAAAGUUAUUUCUUAUAUGCUGAUGGAAAUAAGAAACACAACAUUUUCUGGAAAGAGAAUACUAUAGCUAUAGCUUAUGUACUUUCACAAAAAGUUGUCAGU